UUUGAUACUGGUCACGAUCUAAAAGAAAGCACAGAGCCUGUCCUAGGUUUGACACGGCAACUACACAAACACCAAGCAGCAGCGCCAGCAGCCAAUGAUUUCAAUAAAGAGAAGACAAAGAGGUGCUCCAGCCACAAUGCAUGCUCCAGCCACAAUGAAUGCUCCAGCCACAAUGCACUCAGUUGGUCCUCAAGUUCAUCCCAGUAGGCAAGAUGAAGAGUACAAUCUGAGGGAGACUGAUCCACAGCUCGGGGGGGAGCGGUGGCCAAAUGCCAGAAGAGGGUGGAUGACUGGUGGUGAAAGAUUCUCAAGCACACAUGACCUUGUUGAGCAGAUGUUCUUUCUGUAUGUAAGGGUAGUGAAAGCCAAGGAUCUUCAUCGCAGCACUCUUACCUCAAGAUGUGAUCCUUAUGUGGAAGUGAAGCUGGGGAACUACAAAGGGAGAACAAAGCACAUAGAGAAUAAAACAAACCCAGAAUGGAACCAAGUCUACGCUUUCUCCAAAGACAGAAUUCAAUCUUCUGUUUUGGAAGUCAUAGUGAAAGACAAAGAAAUGUUGGGAAGAGAUGAUUGUAUUGGAAGGGUGGCAUUUGAUCUCAACGAGGUUCCAACCAGAGUUCCCCCGGAUAGUCCACUGGCUCCUCAGUGGUACAGACUCGAUGACCGGCGAGGAGGUGGUGAUAUCAUGCUUGCAGUGUGGAUGGGAACUCAAGCUGAUGAGGCCUUCUCAGAGGCUUGGCAUUCUGAUGCUGCCACUGUGUAUGGAGAAGGUGUUUUCAAUGUCAGAUCAAAGGUUUAUCUGUCACCAAAACUGUGGUAUCUCAGGGUGAAUGUCAUUGAAGCACAAGAUGUGAUACCAAGUGACAGAAACCGGUUGCCAGAGGUGUUUGUCAAGGCUCAGAUGGGGAGCCAAGUGCUGAAGACCAAGAUAUGUCCAACUAGGACAACCACACCAAUUUGGAACGAAGAUUUGGUCUUUGUGGCAGCUGAACCAUUUGAGGAGAAGUUGACAAUCACUGUGGAGGAUCGCGUGCACCCUUCAAAAGAUGAAGUACUUGGGAAGAUAGUCUUGCCACUGACCCUCUUUGAGAAGCGGCUAGACCACAGGGCAGUUCAUUCGCGCUGGUUUAAUCUUGAGAAGUUUGGUUUUGGAAUGAUGGAAGCUGAUAGGAGAAAUGAGCUCAAAUUUUCAAGCAGGAUUCACCUAAGAAUUUGCCUUGAAGGUGGAUACCACGUCCUUGAUGAGUCCACUUUGUACUCAAGUGACCAAAGACCAACAGCUAGACAGCUAUGGAAGCAGCCCAUCGGGGUACUUGAAGUAGGCAUCUUGGGAGCACAAGGACUCCUCCCAAUGAAGAUGAGGGAUGGCCAUGGCAGCACAGAUGCAUACUGUGUGGCAAAGUACGGUCAAAAAUGGGUCAGAACCAGAACAAUUCUUGACACUCAUAGUCCAAAAUGGAAUGAGCAAUACACAUGGGAGGUUUAUGAUCCAUGCUCUGUGAUAACACUUGGUGUUUUUGACAACUGCCAUUUAGGUGGGGGCGAAAAAGCAACUGCGGGCACUGCAGCCAGGGAUUCAAGAAUUGGAAAGGUAAGAAUUAGACUCUCAACACUUGAAGCUCAUAGGAUAUACACUCAUAGUUAUCCACUUCUUGUUUUGCACCCUCAUGGUGUCAAGAAAAUGGGUGAGCUUCAGCUAGCCGUGAGGUUCACUAGCCUCUCACUGGCUAACAUGGUUUACAUUUAUGCCCAACCAUUGCUUCCAAAGAUGCACUACUUGCGCCCUUUCACAGUAAACCAGAUAGAGAGUUUGAGGUACCAAGCCAUGAACAUUGUGGCCGGGAGGCUUGGAAGAGCUGAACCUCCCCUGAGGAAGGAGGUGGUGGAGUACAUGUUGGAUGUUGACUCCAACAUGUGGAGCAUGAGAAGAAGCAAAGCCAACUUCUUCCGCAUCAUGUCACUUUUCUCUGGCAUCAUCACAAUGGGGCAGUGGUUUAGCCAAGUUUGCCAUUGGAAGAACCCCAUCACAUCCGUCCUGGUUCACAUUCUCUUACUCAUACUCAUUUGCUACCCUGAAUUGAUACUUCCAACUUUGUUCCUCUACAUGUUCUUGAUCGGCCUGUGGAACUAUAGGUUUAGGCCUAGAAACCCACCCCACAUGGACACAAAACUCUCAUGGGCAGAUGCAGUUCACCCUGAUGAACUUGAUGAAGAGUUUGACACAUUCCCAACUUCUAGACCGCAUGAUGUGGUGAGAAUGAGGUAUGACAAGCUUAGAAGUGUUGCUGGAAGGAUCCAAACAGUGGUUGGGGACAUAGCAACUCAGGGAGAGAGGUUUCAUUCUCUACUGAGUUGGAGAGACACCAGAGCCACCAGCCUCUUCGUAGUGUUCAGUUUGUGUUCAGCUGUGGUUCUCUACGCAACUCCACCAAAAGUGGUGGCUAUGGUAACAGGUUUGUAUUAUCUAAGGCACCCAAAGUUUCGUAGCAAACUUCCUUCUGUACCCAGCAACUUCUUCAAGAGGCUUCCAGCUAGAACAGAUAGCAUGCUGUGAUGCAUAGGAAUCAGUUCACUAUGCAUUUUAUUCAUUUAUUUGGUGGAGCUUUACUUACUUCAAAUGUUGUAACUUAAUGGAAUUUCUGCUAUUCAUUUGACGAUGUUAGAUAGCUGAUUCAGAUCAGCAUCACCGAAUUUAACCUUUGUAACAAAACUGAAAUGGUUGAUAUUUGUAUCAUAGUCUCACAGUUAUGUAAACUUACCUAGUCGAUAUCAAUAAUAACACAGCAGUCUAA